UUAGUGUUACACCACUCUAAAGGAAAGGAGGUCGCUGAUUGGCAGGUUUGGCCUGCCUGUGUAGCUGCUUGAAGAUGGCGGGGAAGCGUCAAGUAGUAGCAUGGAUCAGUAAGGCGGAAUGGGAACAGGUUUUGGAAUAUCUAUACAGCCGGGACAGCAAGCUUCAGCGGGAUGCUCUACACCAGCUAUCUGCCUGGAAAAGCAGAUAUGGAAACAGUAUACCGCUUGCUGUGGAAUGCACUGCUGACCUCGUUCGCUGCAAAAUUCUUGAUGUGAAUGGAGGGAUGGGGGAACAAGAACUUGCCUCACUUUAUGGGUUGGCACUUGUCAGGUUUGUAAAUAUUAUCACAGAAAAUAAACAGAAGACAAUAAUUAUUCCUUUAAGACGACUAGCUAAUGAGCUGAAUAUUCCUGAGUGGGUGGUAAACAUUCGGCACAGUGCUACUCAUGGAAAGAUGCCCAAAUUAAGCAUGUGUCGGAAAGGCUGGGACUUUGUUAUGGAAUGGCUAAGGCGUGAGUAUUGGUCUCGCCAGUUGGGUAACUCUUCAAACUCUCAGUGGGUAUCGGAAGAUGAAGAUUCAGAAGACAUGGAGGAAGUGCUUCCCCCGCCUUCAGUAAAAGAACAAAAAGAAACCAUUCAUGGGAAACUCCGAGAGGCUUUUCGCUCCUAUUCAAGUGAACAGUUCAAGAUUUUUCAAGAACUCCAGAAUGAUCAUAAAUCAAAUAAGUCUUGGCAUGCAACUUCUAACUUGGAGUGGAUCAUAGCACAAAUUAAAGAGUUGAUCCAACAAAACAGCUGUCAUACAGCAGUUGAUAUUCUUGUGGAUGAUGGCUUAAUGAUACCUACUGCAAAGCAGCUGAUGACACUGAGGAUCGAACAAGAAGACCCAGAUGACAACCUAUACCUGCCUCGCACACUUCUUCGUUUCUGGCAGCCACUUCUGAAGGUCUUGCACAGCCACCUUUUCACGCAGGUGAUGUUGGAAAAAAUGUUUUCUGAGUUGAGCAGGUGCAAGGAGAAUAAUGCACAGGCCAAGGCUCACUACCUAAGCUGCUGGAUCUCUGAAAUUCUGACUGCCAACCAUAGAGCAGGGGCAGACGGAAAAACCACAGUCCCUUCCCGCACCCAGGCAACCGUGAAAAGCAAAUGGAAGCUCUUUAACCACAGAGUGUUUUUACAGUGGAAACAGCUGAUGCAGAAGUGCCUGGAGUUUCCAUGCCAGACAACCCCACAGCUGCUGAGGCUAAUCUUUUUGUAUAUGAAGCCUCGCUUGCCUUCAACCACCCAAGAGAAGCUUCUGUGCCUCUGCUCCAUAUACACCCAGAACGAAGACACAGACGUCUCUGUAGACUACAGCAACCAGCCUAUAUACACAGUAGAGAGCCUGCAGUGGAGGAUAAAGCAGGAGUCAAAGGUCAAAGUUUCCAACCAUUGGGAUCGAUCAUCGCCUGAGGAUGAAGACGAAGAUAUGAGUGAGCCCAUGGAGGAUGAGGAUAUGAUCACAGAAUCGUAUGAGGAAGAAUAUGUAGAGAUGAUCAAUGUCAAAACUGCACCCGAGAGAAGAGCUGCAUUGGAGGGUUCAGCGUGGAGUGUCAGCUCAGAAUUUGUUAAGUGGAGUGAGUACCCACUAGGACUGGUGCCAGGGCAGAUGCAGGACCCCAGCUGCCUUCUGAUUGAGAGCUACUCUAUGAUGUCUGUCCUGGAACAACAGGAGUCGGAGGCCAGGAAGAAUGGACAGAGCAUUACAAUGUGCACCCAGAAUAUGCCAUCAUCUGAAAAUAUAUUCUGGACUCAGAAUGAAUUGAAUCAUAUCAAAGCUGGACUUCGACUCUUCUGAAGGUUUUUAUUCAGACCUGCUGCUUCUAACCAGAUCCUUUUUAUAGCCUGACCUUUCAAUGCAGAUGAACCUGGGCAUUGGCUGGCUGACGGAUGAGCAGCAAGAAGAAUUUCUUUCAUGAACUAUGUUUAAAGCUCUUCCUUUUUUUUUUUUUUUUUUUUUUUUUUAUAAAUAUGGCAAUUUAGUUGUAUAGGUUUCUUAAUUCUUAUUCACGAAAAUGUCUGUGAAACCUUGUGUUUUUUGUUUGUGCUCUAAAACUUUGUUAAAUACAUACGAUGUAUAAAUAGUC